AUCUUCAGGUCGGAGCGCUAGAAAGAUGCCAGAGUUCCAGAUUUGGAAUUCCGAGUUGCAUGACUGUUCAAAAGUAGUUUCCCAGUUGUAUAGAGUUUAUCAAAUUGACGAAUAUAUAUAUAUUUACCUCAGCCUACUUUUUCCCUAACCUGCUGAGUAAGUUAUCCUAACCUGUUACGGAAAGUUAUUUGUGACAUAAACUAUAUCCCUUCUAGACACAAUCCCCAAACAGAGUCCACCACCCCUGUUACGCUGUUAAAAUAGUUUAAAAAAAACAUCUUUGCAUAUUUUCAGAAUGGUGUGAUUGGUAUGAUGAUUUCCACACGUUAAUGGGUUGAUUGUGGUCUAUGAGCUAGCUAGCGUCACACCGCCGACAUUUUCUUCGAUGGGAGGAGAGUGAUCCCCAACCCCUCUUUGUGGUUACAGCAGCAGUGUUGUUGAAGUCGGAGUCGGGUCAAAGCUAGCAGGGGACUCAAUUCGAAAAGCAGGCUCACUUACCCGGAUCAUCAACAUCGAGCGAAUGGCAAAUUCAGACUAUUGUCCGUAAGCCAAUGUAUGUCUCGAAGCUACAUUUAAGCUUUAAGGUUGCCUUCGUUGUCCGACAGUAAUAGCUAUCACGCGGUACAACGCGCAACUAGCUAGCUAAUGGCGUUAACUGGGCUAGUGUAGUAUCCAUAACUAACGACUGUUUGCUAGCUAGCUGUCGUUUGACAGCCUUUGUCCUUUGAACUGUUCAAAUCUUCAAUUCGGAAAGUCUAACGAGCCGUGGGGUAUAUUUUGUUCCAAGGAAACAGUUGUUUUGCUUUAUAUAGGUAAGGAUUUGAUAUAAGAGCUCGUUUAUUGAGCUAUGUCGCUCCACGGUAAGCGAAAAGAGAUCUACAAAUACGAAGCGCCAUGGACGGUGUAUGCAAUGAACUGGAGCGUUCGUCCCGACAAACGCUUUCGCCUGGCCCUUGGAAGUUUCGUUGAAGAAUAUAACAAUAAGGUGCAGAUUGUGGGUCUGGAGGAGGAGAGUUCAGAGUUCAUCUGCAGGAACACCUUUGACCACCCCUACCCCACCACCAAGAUCAUGUGGAUCCCGGACAGCAAGGGUGUUUACCCAGACCUGCUUGCCACUAGCGGGGACUACCUGCGCAUCUGGAGGGUCAGUGAAACAGAGACGCGUUUGGAAUGCUUACUGAAUAACAACAAGAACUCUGACUUCUGUGCCCCACUCACCUCGUUUGACUGGAAUGAAGUGGAUCCUAAUCUACUGGGCACCUCCAGCAUUGACACCACCUGUACUAUCUGGGGGUUGGAGACUGGCCAAGUGCUGGGCAGAGUCAACCUCGUAUCCGGCCACGUCAAGACCCAGCUCAUUGCUCAUGACAAAGAGGUGUAUGACAUCGCGUUCAGCCGUGCAGGCGGUGGUCGGGACAUGUUUGCGUCGGUCGGAGCGGACGGCUCAGUACGCAUGUUUGACCUGCGGCACCUAGAACACAGCACCAUCAUCUAUGAAGAUCCCCAGCACCACCCCCUACUGCGCCUCUGCUGGAACAAACAGGACCCUAACUACCUGGCCACCAUGGCUAUGGACGGCAUGGAGGUUGUGAUUCUGGACGUGCGUGUUCCCUGCACGCCGGUGGCCCGCCUCAACAACCACCGGGCCUGUGUCAACGGCAUCGCCUGGGCUCCCCACUCCUCCUGUCACAUCUGCACUGCAGCCGACGACCACCAGGCGCUGAUAUGGGACAUCCAGCAGAUGCCCAGGGCCAUCGAGGACCCUAUUCUGGCCUACACAGCCGAGGGGGAGAUCAACAACGUCCAGUGGGCCUCCACCCAGCCUGACUGGAUCGCCAUCGGCUACAACAACUGCCUAGAGAUCCUGCGGGUCUAAAGCCAACCUUGACCUCAGGUGUGGAUGUGAAGGGGUGGAGGAUGAGGACAAUGUGUGGAUUCAGAACUUGGACAUGUUUUUUUGAGUGGAAGUAAAUCUUGCAGGACUGCCUCAAACCACUACUCUCUCCUGGCUGAUUGAUGUACGUAUGGGAGGCGGUGAGAACUUUGUCCCACUCCACAAUGUCCUGGUUUACUCUGUUUUUGAUAGAACUAAUCCCUGUGUCAAAAGGAGUAUGUUGUCUUCUUUAUUUAUUGUUUUGGUAAUCAUCAGUGUCUGUACAGCGCCAAAAUGCAUCAGUGGGUUCAACAAUUCGAGAUGGUCAAUUCAUUAUGGAGUGAAACAGUGUAGUUCCAACUGAAGACUGCCUCUUGAGUGUGUUUAACUUGUUGUUUUAGCUUGCUAUAUGACAUAACGACAUAUUUAGGGUCAGGAAAUUGGAUUUAAAAUGACACUCGCUGUCAGAAAAUGUCAUUUAGGAUCAUCUGGGUGUCUUUCUGAACUGGUUUGAAUCCAGUUGUAGACUUCUGAAUUUGAAACCAUAAGGCUAAUUUAAAGGCCUCCUAAUUAUUUAAAGUGUUUUUAAAUGGUUUGCUGGUACCAGAUCACUUCCAUGAUUAUACUGUGAUAAUCUGACAUGUAGUGAAGUAACUGAAGUGUUAUGGUUCAAUACCACAGGAAGUUGGUGGUACUUUAAUUGGGGAGAACAGGCUCGUUCUAACGACUGGAGUGGAAUGGUAUGGAAUACAUAUAACACAUGGUUUCCAGGUGUUUGAUGCCAUUCCAUUUGCUUCGUUCCAGCCAUUAUUGUGAGCUGUUCUCCCCUCAGCAGCCUCCUGUGUUCAACACACAGUUGCAUGUCUCACAGUUUGGAUACUUUGCCAUCAGCCCCUUUGGACUAGACCAGAACCUACCAAAAACAAGCUUCAUAAUGUUUUCUUCAUUUUGAGUAGAGUUGCUUGGAACAACUGCAGUUCCUAUUCAAGACUGUGUGAAACAAAUAUGUUUACUUAGCCUAGUACUGAAGGAGAGUGAAACCUUUUUUUCUCGUGUUUCACUAUCCCUAUCUUUUUAUUGUUCUCUGUACUCGAAGGUCAACCCCCUUUUAGCAUGUUUGUACAAGGGGAAAUGUACAUUCUUAAAUAUAUGAACCAAGAUAUUGAUAAGGCAAAUCUACAUGUAGUAGCUUUUUUCAUAAAAGUUUGUAUUACCAAAUUUGCUCUAACUAAUAAAUAUUCCUUCAUGUG